ACUCUGUUUAUCAUCUAUUCCAUGGGGAAAAAGAGAUCGGGCGGUGGAGGGAAAUGGGGAAAAGACAGCGGACGAUAGCAGCCACCCCUGCCGCCGGCUUGGCGGUGGUAACUUCGCCUAUAAAUAGCCUGGACGAUGGGUGCCUGAUGCAUAUCUUCAGCUUCCUCAGUCCCAUCCCAGAUCGGCAUAACACUGCCCUCGUUUGCCACAAAUGGCGGUACUUGGCAUGCCACCCGCGGCAUUGGCUUCGCAUAGAAAGCUCAAUCAAAAGGUUGGCCGAGCCAGGAGUUUAUUCGACCCUUGAGGCUGCGGUCGCAGCUGCACGCCCUGGUGAUACCAUUCUCAUCUCUGCGGGCGGAAAUCACAUUGCCCAUAACAUUCAGAUUAAGAAACCUCUUUGCCUGAUAGGUGGGGGUAAACUUCCUGACGAUACUGUUCUGACCUGUUUGCGAGGCUCUGAAAGUGCUCUAGAAUUCUUUUCCACAUGCAAAGUUGCAAACCUUACCGUAAGAGCAGAACUGGGGUGUUGCUUACUCCACCGGAGUGGGAGACUCAUGGUUGAAGGCUGCAUUCUUCAAUGUGAGGAGAAUCCUCUUGAUUACUUAUCAUUCCCUAUAGUAAGCACGGCACCUGAAUGCAAUGGAUUUACACCUCUGGCAUUGAAGGGAAAAGGCGGUUGCCGUGUCGGCACCGAUUGUGUCACAGUGUCAAAUACCAGAAUCGAAGGAGGAGCAAAGGCGGUAUCGACGAACGGCAACUUGGUUCUCCAACAUGUUCGGGCAAUCUAUGCCAGGACUUCCAUUUUCUUCUGGUUUGAAGUUGGGGAAAGGUAGUAGUAGUCUUUCUUUAGCAUCUCUUGUGCUGAUAUUGUGUUUUAGCAACACAGUCAGUAGUUCUUUUCAUUCAUGUGAACUUUCUAUAUUGAACAAUGUUUAUGGAGUCAUUUGAUAUAUAAUUGCCAGAGGCUUAGAACCAUGCCAGAGACUUAAGCUACGUUUGGGACGGCUUUCUUAUUGCUUAAAUAUGCUUUCUAGUACAAAAUUUUUAAUUUUUUACUAAAAAGCUGCUUUAAGAAGCAAUCAAAAAUUCGUCCCAAACGAAAUCAUAGUUAAAAGCUCUAACAGAUUGUAGCAUUGCUCAUAUUUUUUCUUUGUUUUCUGGUUCA